CUUGCCCGGCCCAAUCGAAUCUCUGACCGAUAUACCGAACCCUAGCCCAGUUGUUCCGCCGAGCGAACGAUCCAGAAGCAGAAGCCACCGAUCGGCGUGCCGCGUGCGUGAGGCGAUCGGAGCAUCCCGUCCCGAGGAGGAAGACAACCGGCGACGCGGGGGGAACAUGGGGAAGACGCCGGUGCGGAUGAAGGCGGUCGUGUACGCGCUGUCGCCCUUCCAGCAGAAGGUAAUGCCGGGGCUGUGGAAGGACAUCACCACCAAGAUCCACCACAAGGUCACCGAGAACUGGAUCUCCGCCACGCUCCUCCUCACCCCCGUCGUCGGCACCUACCAAUACGCCAUGUGGUACAAGGAGCAGGAGAAGCUUUCCCACAGAUAUUAAAUGCGCUGCCCUUCACAGACAGCACUUGGAUUUAACAUUUGUUUGAUCAAUUUCAGUUCAACGCCUUUUCAUCGUUCCAUAUGCAUGUAUGGUAUCCGUGUCUGGCAAACUUAUUUUGAGGCUUGUUAAAUAUGUACCUUUUGUCUCUCAAGAUGUUAAAUAAAGCAAAUUAACUUCC